UGUAAAUCAACGUUAUCUUUAGAAUCAUGGGGAUAAUUUGUCAAAUUCUAUUUCAUAACAAUACCCAUGGGGUUUACUAUGCCGGACAAACGAUUUUUGGCCAGGUGACACUCAGCACGGACACAUUGAAACAAGUCAAGGCCAUUUUCCUAAAGGUCAGAGGAUUUGCCGAGACCCAUUGGACGGAGAGCCGAACGGAUUCGAAUAACAAAUCCUCUUCGGAAUCGUACAAUGGAUUUGAAAAGUAUAUGUCCAGCAAGGUCUAUCUCUUUGGUUCGAGUACCAGCGCUGAAUCUCCCUUUGAGCCGGGGACAAGGACAUACCAGUUUGCUUGUAAAAUACCCGACCAUUGUCCCUCUUCGUUCGAGGGAAACAUUGGUCGUAUUAGCUAUAGGAUCGGCAUCAAUAUCGUGAAAUCCUGGAAUUACGAUAGUUUGUUCUCUCGUACUUUCACUGUGCUGCAAACGAAGGACUUGUUCGGCUACAAUUCUGUUGAUCAUGUUCCAGUGCAGGCAAAGUCCGAAAAAACCUUUGGUUUCUGGCCCUUCAAAUCGGAUCCUUUGAGCCUGGAGCUAAUGCUGCCCCAAUCGAUCUUUGUGCCGGGCCAAACGGUUCCCUUGUGUGUCCUGGUGGGAAACGAGAGCAACAUCAAAGUGCACGAGCUAAAAGUGAGCCUGGCCAUGAUCGUCACUUACUAUAGCGACCUGAGUAGUGGCCAAAAUAUGGAGCGCUUCUCAGUAGUCAAAAUGAAAGCCGAUGGGGUGUUGAGAAACACCCGAAAGCAAUUCGAGUUCCAGCUGCAAGUGCCCUCCACUCCGCCCACGUGCUUCCAUCUGUGUCGCAUUAUCAAAAUUUCCUACCAGAUCGAAGUGGUGGCCAAAGUCAAGGGAAUGCAUGUGAAUGCCACACUCAAUGUGCCUGUGACUAUCUGUGGUGCGCCUCUGUCGGCGCAGAUACGGCAAACACUGCAGCAGGAGAAGGUGGACGAGGACAAGCCCCUGGUGCCAGAUCCAGCAGCCUUGACUUUGAUUCCAAGCGAUGGCCAACAAUUUGUAGAAGGUGCUGCUGGUCCAACCGCUCCUGACAGUCCCUGGGAAGAUGAUCCCUCAAUACCUCCUCCUAGCUAUUCAGAAGCCAUGCACGUCCAGAAGGAUGCAGAGAAGUCCAAGCUAAUGCCAGCAGAUACAGAUCCAUCGGGUGGAUUGCCCUAUAAGCCUUUAUACCCUGUUUUCGACUUAACAACUCCAGCAAAGGAGAAGCAGGAAGCUCAGGCAGGAUAUGUUGAAGAGAAGAAGGAAGACCCCUCAGGAUAUUUCGAAGAGGAUAAGAAGUGAACAAGCAAAACUUUCAAGUGAAGAACUCUGGAAAACUGAAACCCAAAAUGAUCAAAUUCUCCAAAGGAAGACACUUCCAAGGACUGUGUGUUUUGCACCUUUUGAAAGAGGUAUCUUUGUAUGAGAUAUAUAUGAGUAUAAUUCAAAAUUGUGACAGAGAUAAGAUAAAGAAAUGGCCUGGCCAUUGCCGUGGUUACCAAUAUAUGAUAGAAUAUAACCCCA